CAGAACUGGGGCGGUGCGUUCCAUUCUAUUUUCAAAUUCAAAUUCGCGCGCCAUUUUUAUUUUGACGUAAAUAAAAUAAACAUAUAGUGACUUUUUUGUUAAAUUGUUUAUUAGCAUUUUUUUUGUGUUGUGAAUUUGUUUGAAGAAGGUUUUGCAUCUUUCCACAAUGGUUCACUAUAAGGUCCUCAUGGUGACACUCCUGGCAGCAGUGGUGAGCUGCGAGCCUCCGGUGUCAGGGUACAACUAUCAGCAGCCGAGCAAUAACUAUAACUCUCCGUCUAACAACUAUUUACCACCUAGUUCAGGAUUCACAGCGCCCAGUAACAACUACCUGCCUCCUACCUUCGGAUCAGGAUCUCAGAACUACAACCACGGCCAUGCGCACGAUCACGGCCACGGCCAUGAUAACGAAGUGCCCAAAUCCUAUGAGUUCGGCUACUCAGUGAAGGAUGCUCAGUCAGGGAACGACUAUGAUCGCAAGGAGAGCUCCGAUGGUAACGUGGUGCGCGGAGAGUACAGGGUUCAGCUCCCUGAUGGACGUACGCAGAUCGUGACUUACCACGCGGACUGGCAGACUGGUUUCCACGCAGACGUCAGAUACGAAGGACAAGCCAAAUACCCCGAGCCCACUUACAACAACAACAGACAAGGAGGCUACAACUACAACGCCCCAGCUCCCAGCGAUUUCAGCGGUUCCCUAACAGGUUUCGGCAACCAGGGUUACAAGCAACCGUCAACCGCUUACGGCCCUCCCGGUUACCAUUGAGUUAACUCACGUCAACCAUAUGGUUAACCUACCAACGACUGUUGUUUUGUUUAAAAAUUAACUAUAGUUACCAUUUUUGUAGUGAAAUUUGGUAUUCUAGAUUUGUUUUGUAAUAUGUAAAACAAUUGUGUUGCUAAAAACUGGCUUGAAGAGGUCAGAUAGGCAGUCGCUCCUUGUGGCACACUGGUACUCAGCUGCAUCCAGUGAGACAGGAAGCCGACCCCAAUGUAGUAGGGAAACAGACUCGGCAAAUAAUGAUGAGAUUAAAACUUGAGGUGCUAUUGUAACCGUAAGGGUUCUAAUGUAAUCGUAAGGGUUCUAAUGUAACCGUAA